UCCCUUCCCCAGUUUUGGUCUUCCUUCCCAUGGCCACUCUCUCCGGCUUCUCCCCUCCCAACCCUAACCCUACCCCCAAUUCUAAUUUCAUCAACCCAAUGCUCCAGCCGUACCUCGAACAGCAGCAGCUGGGGAUUCAACCGGACGACGGGUCCGAUCGCGGCGGCGGGCUUGACCGCGCCGGCGAUUCCUCCGUCGAUGGCGACGGCGAAUCCGACGGAGAUAAAACUAUACAGAACCCGAACCCGAACUUGAGUCCGCAGCCAAGCCCUAGCCCUAGCCCUAACCAAAUCAAGCUCCUCCACGUCUCGUUCAACCAGGAUUUUGGAUGUUUUGCCACUGGCACUGAUCGAGGAUUCCUAAUCUACAACUGCGACCCUUUCCGUGAGAUUUUCCGGCGCUCCUUCGACGGGAACGGCGGCGGAAUUGGCGCUGUCGAGAUGCUGUUCCGAUGUAACAUCCUUGCUUUAGUCGGCGGCGGCGAUUCGCCGCAGUAUCCGUUGAACAAGGUCAUGAUAUGGGACGAUCAUCAGAGCCGGUGUAUUGGGGAAUUAUCCUUUAGGUCUGAAGUGCGUGGGGUUCGAUUGAGAAGGGAUCGAAUCGUUGUUGUUCUUGAGCAGAAGAUUUUUGUGUACAAUUUUGCAGAUUUGAAGCUGCUGCAUCAGAUUGAAACGUUUUUGAAUCCUAAGGGGCUUUGCACAGUGUCUCAGGUUGCAGGAUCGUUUGUGUUGGUUUGUCCUGGGUUGCAGAAGGGCCAGAUUAGGGUUGAGCAUUAUGCAUCGAAGAGGACUAAAUUUAUAAUGGCUCAUGAUUCAAGAAUUGCCUGCUUUGCGCUCUCCCAGGAUGGGAAUCUGUUGGCCACUGCCAGCAGUAAGGGGACACUGAUUCGGGUGUUCAAUACUCAUGAUGGAAGUUUGCUGCAGGAGGUGAGGAGGGGAGCCGACAGGGCAGAAAUACAUAGCUUAGCAUUCUCACCUACAGCCCAAUGGCUGGCAGUCUCAAGUGAUAAAGGUACCAUUCACGUAUUUCUUCUUAAGGCAAAUUCCGGAGAAGUUGGCAAUGAGAGGUCAAACAGUCCUGAUCGAAAUCCUUCUUCUAUGGGUUCUAGUUCCUCGCUGUCUUUCAUUAAAGGAGUGUUGCCAAAAUAUUUUAGCUCGGAAUGGUCUGUAGCUCAGUUUCGUUUGCCGGAAGGCUGCCAAUACAAUGUUGCUUUUGGUCACCAGAAAGAUACAGUGGUAAUUCUUGGUUUGGAUGGAAGUUUCUACCGAUGCAAGUUCGAUCCAGCAACGGGAGGGGAGAUGGCGCAGUUGGAGUAUCAUAACUUCCUCAAUCCUGAAGAACCAUUUUAGCAAUAAACAAGAAGCAGUGUCUGUGUUUCCUUAUUUGUAUCAUCAUCUCUCCCUCUCCCUCUCCCUCUCCCUGUGGAUUUAUGGAUUCUGAUUUAUGUAAAUAUCCGUGUAAAUUUGAUUAAUAGUCUGAAUCUGGUUCUGGUUAGUUAUUCGGUACUGAAUUGUGAAAAAAAUGUGGGACAAAAAUAAUAUUAGAGAAAAGAAAAAAAAAAAAAAAGAAA